GUAUGUUCCAGAUCUCAGAGUUUGAGCAGAGUGAGCAGGAAGACUCCAGCCCUGCAGAUAGGGUCCUGGACCCCAGCACCGAAGGGGACCAGCUCUCAGGCCCCUGCAAGCGCCACCGCACGGCCCCAGGCCCCCUGGGGGACGCCGGUCACCAGCAGGGGCAGCCAAUUAACAGCGGCCAUCAUGGAGGCGCUGGGGUUGUGGAGAUCCGGAGUCGCCACAGCUCAUACCCCGCAGGGUCCGAGGAGGAUGAAGGGAUGGAAGAGGAACCCAGCCACUUUCGGGGCCGCUCGCUUUCAGCGCCUCCCAAUCUCUGGGCUGCACAGAGAUAUGGUCGCGAACUCCGCAGGAUGAGCGACGAGUUCGAGGGCUCUUUCAAGGGACUUCCUCGCCCGAAGAGCGCGGGCACAGCUAUACAGAUGCGACAGAGCUCCAGCUGGACACACGUCAUCCAGUCCUGGUGGGAUCGGAAUUUGGGGAAAGGUGGCUCCGCCCCCUCCCAAUGA